UACUACUGUAAGUAUUCCUGCAAUAAAUCAGUCUCUUGAGCUUGUGUCUCUGAAACCAUCUGUUAAUUCAUAGGCAAUUUGGACAUCACAGGAACGACUUUGUGCUCCCCCCACUAACAGUUCAAUAACGUGCGAUACUUGUGUACAAUUUUGACUCGUGGAAAUUUAUUUUUGAAGUAUUUGUUUCACCCAGAAUUUCUGCAGCAUGCGCAGUCUCUUGAACGAUUACAGUUAACCCUACCCGAAACCUGCAUUCUGAUACACGAUGUGGGAGACCACCAAAAUGCGGGAUUUAAAAAUCUAUUUCUCACGCUAAUGUUGAGAACUCUUUAAUAUUACCACUACAACGAUUUAAGAGAUUCUGAAGCCUUCAGUGCGGAGAAAUUAGAAAUGUUGUUCAUUAUUUCGUAAUUAAUUUAUAAGAUUGCACGGAAACUCUAGAAUCGUAUGUGGAAGGGUGUGGUAUACACCAAAAUAAAUUGUACACUCAUUGAGUGAAAAUAUAAUUAAUGAGUAACAGAAAUUAGCAGUAAUUUACUACAGAUAAGGUUGCAAUUUUUAACCAACACUGUACAUGUAACAGGUAAAUUAAUGACGUGUAAGGGCAAUUUCGGAAAGCCCAAAAAAUUGGCAUGAAGCCCAAAGAGUAAAUUUUUAAUGCAAUGUUUUGAUCAACGUUCAUCAAAAUUCCAGUGAAAAUAUGACUUUUCCAAGUAAAUUAACUGCAAAAAAUGUGAUUUAGUACGUGUAGUUGGCAGCGCAAACACUAAAAAGCAUAAUGGAAGCAAUGGUAGGGCUGUCAAGGUAUUUGCGGCGAAAGGUUUUAGAAGUUCCUGUACGGGUCGUAACUUUACACUGCGUGAACUACACAAGGCUAGCUGAGGUUGGCCGUUUAGAAGAACCGAAGUCUGAUGGAAAAUAUGACACAGGACAACUGUUUCUUCACAGAGUAUUUGGCUACCGUGGCGUCGUUCUUUUUCCAUGGCUUGCCAGAGUAUAUGAUAGAGAUGAGUCUGUCAGGAAGAGAGGAAACAGGAGUGUGCCAUCUCCUGGAUCGCCGUCUUCAGAUGUAAAAGGUCAGACACAGACCUUCUAUCAAGUUCUAAUUGACUCCAGGGAUUGUCCAUUCAUUCGAGCACAAACAGAGGCAGUUACGUUUCUUGGUAACCAAGACAGCAGUCGUAGCUUGUAUGCUAUACCAGGCUUGGACUAUGUAGCCCAUGAGGAUGUACUGCCAUACACAACUACUGAAAAGCAGCCACUGCAUCAUGAACUGGUUGACAAAUUCUUGUCUCAUGUGCCAGACAGAGAUCCUCCAUUUGUAGGACUAGAAACUUUAGAUGCAUGGCAAAGAAAAAAUCAUCCAUGGCUUGAAUUGUCGGAUGUUCACAAGGAAACAACAGAAAAUGUUCGUGUGACAGUCAUACCUUUCUAUAUGGGUUCUAGAGAAUUUCAGACUGCUUCUGUUUAUUGGUGGCGGUACUGCAUACGUCUUGAGAAUCUUGGAAAAUUAUCAGUUCAGCUGCGGGAGCGGCACUGGCGAAUCUUCAGCCUGUCGGGUACACUGGAGACAGUGCGUGGACGUGGAGUGGUUGGCCAGGAACCUGUCCUCUCUCGGGCUUCGCCAGCUUUCCAGUACAGCAGCCAUGUCAGUUUGCAGGCACCAUCAGGCCACAUGUGGGGCACCUUCCGUAUGGAGCGUGAAGAUGGAUUUUCAUUCGACUGUCGCAUCCCACCCUUCCCACUUGAGAGCAAAAUAGAAGAGCAGCCACCAGCCUCAUCACCUACACAGGGAGCAGAAUGAAUUAGAGACUAAUUGUAUUUAUUGUACAGAUUUCAGUUAUUUAUUUGAAAAAAAAAACAAUUGUGCAAGUUGUAAUUUCUCAACUGUCCUUGCUGAUGCAAGUGAAUUAAAGAAUUGAAACUGUGGAUAGUCUGUGAAAGUUGGUCUCUUUUUAUUGAUUCUACAAUAGAAAACCUUAUCUUCUGAAAUCUGAAAAAGAAACAUAUUCUACCGGAGAAUAAGGGGAAGUAAUUUUAUUCUUCUGGAGAUGCAAGAAGAAUGAAGAAGGUACUCAAGAGAGAGAAAUUCAAAUCACGGAGUAAAGAUCAGAAAAGAAACUGGUGAAAUGAAGAGCUGAAUGGAUAGGAUAUAUAGAAGGAUAUUGGAGGACUGAGGGUGGAUAUCCUCAAUGGCUUUGACCCAUUUCUCAAAAUGUGACAAUUCUUAUGCCAGUGGUAAUUGAGUAAAAUGUUUUACAGUUUCUCAAAACUGCAAAAUUUGAUUGCGCCAAUUUAUUCAUUUAAACAACCGCUUUUCUGAAACUAGAGGCUUAUGUCCUAAGUUUGACAGAAAUUCUUGUGACUGUUGUUCUGUUUUAAGAAAUAAAUGUGGAGACUGCUAUAGAUAUUUACAAGUAAUAAUUAGUAUGAAAGUGUACACAGUUCCUGAUAGGUAACAUUUUUAAUAUUUCCAGCAUAGUUGGAAUAAAUUGCUCAUCGAAUGUAAUUACGGUAUGAGAAAAGCAGUGUGACAUUUCAUGUAAGUUCAUAUCAUGGUAAUGUUUUGUACUUUUUCUUGUAAAUAAAAUUGUACUGAAUUUUAA